AUGUUGAAGCUGGUUUGUCCUCUGCUUCUCCUUUGUUUACUGCCAGCUGCGGUUCCCCUCUUCUGUUACACCUGUGUGUUCCCGGCCAUCUCCCCUCUGGACUGCAUCAGGUUCCCUCAGAAGUGUCCCGCGGGGCAGCUCUGUCUCUCCAGCAGAGCAGUGGGCGAGAACGGACACUUCCGUGUGGUGUUGUAUGAGAAGAGCUGUGUCCGUCCCUCGCUCUGCGGAGUCACGGGUCAGAAAUACACCAUGGGGCUCAACUUCACCUUCACCAAUGAAUGCUGCAGCACACACCUGUGCAAUGGAGCCGCAACUCCUGUGACCCACAACUGGACCGGCCCACUACUCACAAUACUUUUGUCAUACUCAGUCUGA